AUGGACGCAUUUGGCCUCCCCAUGAGCUUCGGCAAAAAGUCCAAGGCCGCCCCGGUCAACAUGGCGGCCAAAGUCGAAACUACCAAGCGAGCCGAGGCUCCGGCUGUGCCAAAAGAAGAAGUCAAGGUCGAGAAGGAGGCGGAAGCUGGACCGUCCAGGCCUCGGUCGCCUGGACCCUCUGUCCCCCAAGCUCAAGAUGAGGACGAGGAGGAUAUCGGACCUAUGCCCCCGGCGUCCAUCGCAGGCAAGCGGAAAGCCGGAGACGCUACUAAAGCCUCGGACGGAGAAGACGACGAGGAAGAGGAUGAGGACGAAGAGGAAGAACCAGACCGGACCCCCAUUACCCACGAGAUCGUCCUCAAAGACCAUACCAAAACCGUCUCGGCCCUCUCGGUCGACCCCUCCGGCUCGCGUAUCGCUACCGGCGGGUACGACUACGAUGCCAAAUUGUGGGACUUUGGGGGUAUGGAUGCGCGCCUCAAGCCGUUCAAGAGCUGGGAGCCGAAUGGGAAUUAUCUGGUGCGUGAUUUGGACUGGAGUAGUGAUGGGAAGAGAGUGCUGGUUGUUAGUGGGACGUUUUGGCCCAAGGUGUUUGAUAGGGAUGGGACGGAGGAGACUGUGCUGGAGUUUCAGAAAGGAGAUGUCUAUUUGCGGGAUAUGAAGAAUACCAAAGGACAUACAGCUGAGAUCAACGCCGGUCGAUUCCACCCAACAGACGAGAAUCGCUUCCUCACCUGCUCGAAUGAUUCCACACUGAGAAUAUGGGACGUCAAUGACCGAUCCAAGCAAAAACAAGUCAUCGUCGUCAAGUCAAAAGAGCGCGGGGCGCGGACCAUGGUCUCGACUUGCGCGUGGAGUCACGACGGGAAGCUGAUUGCUGGUGCAUGCACGGACGGAACCCUUCAUAUCUGGUCAACCAACUCCAACCUCGCUCGGCCAGAUAAGAGCUGCGAGACGGCGCAUGAAAAAGGCAGCCGGACGAGCGGGGUUGUGUUUGCGCGAGAUGGGCGGAGGCUGGCUACGAGGGGAGGGGACGAUACUGUCAAGUUAUGGGACAUCCGAUCCAUGCGUAAACCCCUAGCAGUCGCCACAGGCCUCGAAAAUCGAUAUUCCGAAACCAACCUGAUCUUCUCGCCGGACGAACGGUCGAUCCUUACGGGUGUUCCGCCGCCCAAGGCGAAGGCUGAAGUUGGAUCUGGCGCUGGGUCAGGCACAGGUAUAGGUGGAAAAGGGUCGGUGGUGUUUUUGAAUGGGGAGACGUUGGCGGAGGAGAGGAGGGUUGUUAUUGGGGAUGGGGCGGUGGUUAGGAUUUUGUGGCAUUCGAGGAUAAACCAGCUCUUCGCCACCACCUCCAAAGGCGCCCUGCACAUCCUCUACUCUCCCCAUUCCUCAACGCACGGCGCCCUUCUCCCUCUAUCCAAACUCCCCAAAUCCGGUCCCCGGGACCCGGGCUACUCAUCCGCCGAUAUCCAACCCGUCAUCUUCAACCCGGACGCGCUCCCGCAAUUCGCCGACCAAAAGUACGGCGAGUCGCUCCAUCAGCGCGAUAAGCGCGCCAAGCGGAUGAAGCCGAUGGAGCCUGUGCAAGGGGUGGGCAAAGGCGGACGGUUGGGCGCGAGUGCGAUGCAGGGGUUGGUGCAUAGUCUGUAUCCGAAUGAGGUGAGGUUUGAGGAUCCGAGAGAGGCGUUAUUGAGGUUUGCGGAUAAGGAGAAGGAGGGGGAGGGGGAAGGGGAGGGUGGAGAAGAGUGA